AUGAGCUACGCUGGCGACACGUACUACGCCGGGCAAGCGACCGACGUCUACCACUACAGCCAGCAGCAGUCAGUGGCGGAGGAGGAAAACACCAUCGACUUUCGUCCGCCCGACAUCACGGAGCAUCAGGACAAGAUAAUUCAACUUGCGGCCAAGUACGUGGUGUUCUCCUGUGAUGGGGCGCGCUACCAGCAUCUCCUGGUUAAGCGGACAAAGUUUAACCCCUACUUUGCCUUCGUUGCGUCUCCAGAGCACAAGUACCAUGAGUACUACCAGUACCUGAUUAGAAGCUACACGGUGUGGCGUGACAUGGCUGCUGCGAGCUCUGCGGGGCAGGGAGGCACAGAUGAAGGGUACGCUUUUUACACGGAGCAACUGAAACAGCAGGAGCAACAGCAACAGCAGCAGUACCAGGCCCAUAUGUACUACUCUGCGCAGCUGGAUUCUUCGUCGCAGUACACGGAUCCAACGACGGCGGCGGCGGCGGCGGCGAUGAAGGCACCUGGAGGCUACUAUGAUGCCAACAGUGCUUACCCUCCACAGCAGGAGCGCUACCAACCCCAACAGUGUCAGGGCACGUCCAUCCUUGGAGCCUCCGCGGCAGUGGCCGAGGCCCCCCACGGAGAAGAGGCCAACCGGAAACGCGCCCGGUCUGCAACGCCGCAGGAGAGUAGCGAUGAUGAGGAUGAUGCUGGACGGGAGUUGGUGUUUGUGAUGGAAAACGGGGUUGCGAGGGCCCUUCCCAAAUAA